AUGCCUCUCGUCGACGCUGACGCCCCGCCUUCAACCAACGACACCCACUAUGUCGUCUACUUUGCCUCUGGCGAACCGUCCUGGUGUCCCGACUGUCGAAAUGCUCUCCCGGCACUGCAGAGUGUCUUUGGAGCAGACUCGGCGCCUUUGGCCACCAUCAUCCGCGCUGGCUCUCGCGAGGAGUGGAGGGACCCGAGCAACAAGUGGCGACAUGCGCCUUACAACAUCAACUGUCUCCCCACGAUUGGCAAGGAGGUUGCUCGGCUUGGAGACGUUGAGGGACAGCAGGAGUCUGCUCUGCGCAAACUCAUUGCGUAG